UCUACCAAACAGUUAUUUAUUUAAAGAAAUGAGAAGGAAAAAAUACUAAUUCCGGCAAUAAUUAUGCAAUCCGCAUAUCCAAACAGUCCCAUAGACUCCAAGUUCCAGUUAAGUUAGGGUCUGGUCUGGUCGUUAUUAAUUUUAUCUGCUAUAUAUAACCCAGAAAAAUAAAAGGGCCCAAAACAGGAUGAAAACUUCUCUCCAAAGUCUCGAUCAAAAAGCUCCUUGUCGAUCAAACAAAUAUAUCAAAACAAAAACAAAUAUAAGUGUGAGAAGUGGGGAAAGUUCAAGUUCAAUGGAUAGAGGAAAGAAGCUGACUAACUUCUAUGGGAACAAGAACUGCAAGAUUUACAUGGAUCUAAAAGAUGUAAUAAGGGAGAAUGCACUUCCUUACCUUCCUGCUAAAUCGCUUUUUCGGUGCACUGGAGUUUGUCGUGACUGGAAGCUUCAAAUAUCAACACCUUUAUUUGCUCACAAUCAAACAAACUCAUUCCGUUCUACCUCUGGGUUCUUUUAUCAAACACAAGCAGGCAUGCCAUCAUUCUUGUCUCUUGACCCCAUGGCUUAUGGUGUUCCAGACCCAUCUUUAUCGUUUCUGCCUGAACCUGUUGAUAUUAGGACCUCUUGUAAUGGGCUACUUUGUUGCCAGGGGCGUUCUGGUUACCUGGCUUACUACAUCUGCAAUCCUGUUACCAAGCAUUGGAAGAAACUUCCAAAACCAGAUGCUGAUCAUGGGCCUGACCCUGCUGUAGUGCUCGUAUUCGAACCAUCAUUACUAAACUUCUUUGCUGAUUAUAAGCUGGUUUGUGCCUUUCCAUCUGAACUUGGUGGAUAUGAGUUUGAGAUAUAUUCCUCUGAAAAAGGAUCAUGGAGAACUUCUGGUGAGAUUUGCUUUGCUGAUAGGAAGCUCCUGCCAAAGACAGGUGUUCAUGUAAAUGGCAUUGUUUAUUGGCUGUCGAGGCAAGGAAUUACUGCUUUUGAUCUCAAUUCGGAGCGGUCUCAGCUCCUCUCUUCUGCACCUGGGGCCUUAGGCAUGACAAAUGGAAAGCUUUGUGCAGUUCAUGUACGUGGUCAGGGAUUAGUUGUGAAUAUGCUGUCUAAUACUCACUCAAAUACCAUGCAAAUGUGCAGUAAUGCCAGGACCUGGGUAGAAAUGCGACCUGAAAACAAUCUAGAUAUUCCACUGCCUGCAGAAUCAUCUAAUUAUUCAGGUAGGCAUGGUCAUGGUCAUGGUCACGGAGGUGUAGUGUUUGUAGGUGGUGAUGUAGUGUUGCUUCAAAAUGGGAACAUAUUUUGUUCUUAUGACAUGAAGAAAAAGGCCUCCAAUUAUUUGGGUGAAAUUAACAUUGAUACAAAUGCAGCAAUCGUUGGUUAUGUGAAUAGCCUUGUUGAGCUCUAGCUAGCCUCUUUUCUCCUGCGAAUGCGAUACUGUCUGGUCUUGAGAAGAACAUCAUGUACAAUCUCUGCUCAUCAUAAUCAGGAAGAUAUAAAUUAGUGCAACUUUUGGUAUAUGUUUAUGUUUUUUCUUUUUUCUUUUAGGCUGCUUGUAGUAAGGAUUGCCUAUGAUAGAAAAUUGAUUUAAUCUGACAGGUGCUUCGGCUUUUUCUUAUGAAUUUCUGCAUCUGUUCUGCUUUAAAAGUGAAGCCUAUGUAUUGGGCACAUUCUAAUGUUUGCAACACCAGUUAUAAGUUAUAAAAUUCAUUUAAAAUUAUGUUUUGGUAAAAAUAUUA